UGGAAGAAAAGCCGUCGCUUGGGCCGAGCCUCGGCCAAUAUUCAACCGGCAGCAGUACGAGUGACGUCGCUCGUUGGUGGUCGCUUCAAAGUAGGCCGUGGUAUAAAAGCUGAAACGUGGGUCAGCCAGGUCCUGUCAUUUUGCGCUCGCACUGCUGCAGACGUGCGUCGUCGGCUCUACUGUACAUUCGUUAUCGUGCGACUUGACUGAUACCUCUUUAGUUUUCGUUCGUUCCUUGUUAUGGCGCGCUCAACAGCCGCCGACUCGAAGCUGCUGCUGAUCGCUGUGGUCGCGUCGAUAUGUGCCUUCGCCGCUGCCCAGCAGCAAACCAGUGAAGAACCAGUUAAAAAAGAAGACAGUUUUGAGGCAGAAUUGUGCAAAGACAAGGAUGCCGGUGAAUGGUUCAGAUUGGUUGCAGGUGAAGGUGACAACUGUCGUGACGUAAUCCAGUGCACAUCGUCUGGCCUCCAAGCUAUCCGUUGUCCUGCAGGAUUGUACUUCGACAUCGACAAGCAAACUUGCGACUGGAAGGACUCCGUCAAGAACUGCAAGUUGAAGAACAAGGAGCGCAAGGUUAAGCCUCUGCUCAACACCGACGAGCCCUUGUGUAACGACGGGUUCUUGGCCUGUGGUGACGGUACCUGCAUAGAAAGAGGACUUUUCUGUAACGAAGUCAAGGACUGUAACGAUGGUUCCGAUGAGAACAGUUGUGAAACACUUUUGUAUCAGAUGAUCGACAAUGACCCUAACAGAGCACCACCCUGUGACCCUGCUGUAUGCAACCUGCCCGACUGUUUCUGCUCAGAAGACGGCACCACCAUUCCUGGCGAUCUCCCAUCUAAAGACGUACCCCAAAUGAUCACAGUGACUUUCGAUGACGCCAUCAACAACAACACGAAGCUAUACAAAGAGAUUUUUAACGGCAAGCGCAAGAAUCCCAAUGGGUGCGAUAUUUCAAGUCCACCUUCUUUCAUCUCAACACAAGUACACCACUACUGCGUGCCGUACAGGAAUGCUUAUAGAAAAGGUCACGAAAAUUGCCGCCCACUGGUUCGAUCAACCCACAACGAUGACGAGAACUUCUGGUCGAACGCCUCCGUCGAGGACUGGGCCAGAGAAAUGGGAGGCCAGCGUCUCAUCACCGAGAAAUACGCUAACAUCACCGACAACAGCGUGGUGGGCGUGCGGGCCCCUUACCUCAGAGUGGGAGGCAACAACCAGUUCACCAUGAUGGAAGACCAAGCCUUCCUGUACGACUCCACGAUCACCGCUCCCCUCAAUAACCCUCCUCUAUGGCCUUACACCAUGUACUUCCGCAUGCCGCACAGGUGCCACGGCAACCUUCAAAAAUGCCCCACCAAAUCCCAUGCCGUCUGGGAAAUGGUCUUGAACGAGCUAGAUAGAAGAGAAGAUCCGACUAACGAUGAAAACAUACCUGGAUGCGCUAUGGUGGACUCCUGUUCGAAUAUUCUGACAGGAGAUCAGUUCUACAACUUCUUAAACCAUAAUUUCGAUCGGCAUUACGAAGAGAACCGAGCUCCUUUGGGACUGUACUUCCAUGCAGCUUGGUUGAGAAACAACCCAGAAUUCUUAGACGCUUUCUUGUAUUGGAUUGAUGAAAUUCUCUCCAACCACAAUGAUGUUUACUUCGUGACCAUGACCCAGGUAAUUCAGUGGAUUCAGAACCCCAGAACCAUCACUGAGUCGAAGAACUUCGAGCCCUGGAGGGAAAAGUGUGUGGUAGAGGGAAAUCCAGCUUGUUGGGUACCUCACAGUUGCAAACUCACCUCCAAGGAGGUUCCCGGAGAAACCAUUAAUCUCCAGACCUGCGUCAGAUGUCCCAAUAACUACCCAUGGUUGAAGGACCCUACAGGUGACGGAAUUUUUUAAAGCAAGUAAUUUUAGAGGACUUUUUAACUAGUGUCGCCAGCUAAACGGUUGGGUUUAAAGUGAUCUUCUCUACGUUACAUUUUUGUAUUUAUU